AUCUACCUCUUCUUAUUAUAUUUCUUGCACUCCUUGUUCUCUCCAUAUCCAUCACAAUAAUUUUACAUAAUCACCACGUUCAUUUUCAUUUGUAAGCAUUCAGUUUCAUCAAGAUCAUGCCAAUCUUUGGGGGAUCUUCCGAUUCCGAGGACGAAAGAACGAUCCAUCACACACCCAAGCUCUUCACUCGCCAACAAUCAAUUCAUUCUCUAUUUGGAGGAGGCAAAUUUGCGGAUAUCUUGUUAUGGAGAGAACCGAAAAUAGCUUCAACAUUGGUGAUAGGAGUUAGUCUCCUAUGGUUCUUAAUGGAAGUAGUGGAAUACAAUUUCAUUACCCUGGUUUGUCAUGCUUCCAUGACCUCCAUGCUUCUUUUCUUCAUUUGGUCUACUGCUUCUGAUUUUCUCAAUUGGGAAAGGCCAAUCAUACCAGAAGUGGUACUAGACGAAUCUUCUUUCAAGCACUUAGCAAGAAGCUUCCAUGCUAGAUUCAACCAAAUCCUCUCCAAGCUUCUUGACAUUGCUUGUGGAAGAGAUCCUCCACUCUUUUUUCUCACAACUAUCUCACUAUAUAUCCUAUCCAUCAUCGGGACAUGUUUCAACUUUGUGAAUCUUCUGUUCAUAGGGUUUGUAAGCUUGCUAACCUUACCGGUUAUGUAUGAGCUGUACGAGGAUGACGUGGAUACAGUGGCGGGUAAGUUGAUGAGGAAGAUGAGGAAGCUAUACAGGAAAGUCGACUCCAAUGUUCUUAGCAAGAUCCCAAGAGGAACUGUCAAAAGCAAGAAACAUACUUAAUCCUUCAUUGUUUACAUAUUCAUGCAUAAUCAGAAUUCAUAUGUAUAUAUAGAGAUAAUGAUUUAUAUAUCUCCCACAACAAGUUUAGU